AUGGGCAUACGCGAUAUUCUCAAGAAGAAGGACGACCUCGCCACAGGCCAGCCGCCUGAGAAAGGCACUAUCGAUCAUCUGGCAGCCCCCGAAUUUACCAUCAUCCGCUCCGACACCUCAACCCAAGAGCGCAUCUACCCGCCGUCCAUGAAGUCUGUCGACAAUCUACAUCUCGCAGUCCAAGAAGCCAAGGAAAAAGACAAGUCCCGACGAUCCCUCGAUGUCUUCCGCUCCGGUCGAUCGCGCUCUGCUUCAGAGUCGAGCCAGACAAAGAAAGAGAGCGGCGCCCGUCGUCUGUCUCAGCGACUGCACCUGAGCCGGGCACCUCCAUCGUCCGAGAACGUCCCCGAGAACCUGCCCGACAUUGUCACAUCGGACGAGGCGCAGUGGGAGAAGCGCGCGACUAUGCUGGCGGGUCAGAAUAACCGCGCCAGGAGCAACAGCAGGCCAGGCACGCCCUCGGACAGCAGUAGAGGCGAAGAGCGGGCUGUUUCGUCGCAGCAGAUUGAUCAGGAUAUUCAAGAAGCCAUUCGCCUGCACGAAGAGGGGAAGCUGGAGUUGUCGACGCGCAUGUUCGGGCGCCUGGCUGAUCCUCAAGGCGCCAACAACCCGCUCAGCCAAGUGUUGUACGGCCUUGCUUUAAGACACGGAUGGGGUUGUGCACCAGAUCCAGAGGGUGCCGUCAAGUAUCUUUCCGCUGCAGCCUCCAAUUCUGCGUCCAUUGAGCAGAUGGCUCUACAGGCGGGCAUGAAGAAGGGUGGAGCUGCAAAGGGUGAGCUUGUUCUCGCCAUUUUCGAGCUGGCCAACUGCUUCAGACAUGGUUGGGGCAUCGAAAAGGAUGCCUACGCCGCCAAGCAGUAUUAUGAGACUGCGGCGAAUCUAGGAGAUACUGAUGCCAUGAACGAGAUUGCCUGGUGCUACGUCGAAGGCUUCGGGUGUAAGAAAGACAAGUUCGCGGCAGCUCGGUAUUAUCGACUGGCUGAGAAGGCCGGUAACAAGACAUUAGGGAACUCUUGGAUCUGGAAGGAGAAGUACGACCCUCCGGGCGAAGGCAAUCGCAAGUAG